GGAUUCGUUAUCAUGUCGCUGUAAGACCGCUCUGGACACGGAUGAUCUUUGGCAUGGUACCCCUGUCUUUAUUUGCAUCUGGAUUGCUAGUGGCAGCAAGGAUAACGUCAAGUCAUGCUUGGAACUUCUGUACAGCUCAGGCGGGAAAGAAGAAUUGUUCGAGUCCAAGUCCUUGUCGUUUAGAAUACACGGCCGAAGAUACUUCAGCCACUCAAUCUAUUGCAUAUGAUAAUAGCCGUUGUUCUAUUUCAUUGUCRCUAUCGCGACGGAAGCUGUUUUCGGUGAUCCCGCAUCAAGCAUUUGCAGCAUCAUCUUUGUGCCUCGUCGCAUUGGGAUCGCCUACAUCUCCGGCGUUUGCAAGGAACAUGCCGGUUUCAAACGGUGCAAACACAGCAAAUGUAGGAACAGUCYCGGCUCUGGUACCAUUAGUAGCUCUGCGUUACAAUCUUGUAUCCUUGCGGGAACUUAUGGAAGUGAACCAGCGAAAAAGGGACGAUGGGGGGAUUUUGAAUAUUAUCACCAAAACAAAAGCUGCACUUUCUUUCCGAAAACUCGGCAUUGAUAGUGGCACUGUGCCGGUCACAAUACCAACUCGGGAAGAAGAGUUCAAGCGUUUAUUUGAUGCCUAUUCAGACCAGGUUAGCUACAAGCAGAAAUUUUUAGAUCAAAAUGCCUUCUUGGUUUACUACACAAAUGGUUAUGAUGGGCCCGGUCGUGAUAGCUUGGAAAAGGAUCCUGUCAAUGAAAGACAGACCUUGCAAUUUGGAGCCAGGAAUGAAGCCUGGAUUUUCUGGGAUGAUUUUCUUUCCGAGUGUGAUUUUUACGAAUCUUCUAUUCGCAAGACAGGCGCCUCAAGCAGCGACGAUGCUGAUGAGAGUUUUGUAGAUAUGAUGAAAUACCUGUCAAAUACUAUUCAAGCCUUAGAUAGCUAUUUAAAGCUAUCGCCUCCUGAAGAUUUGAAAGCGGCCGAAAAAGAAGUUUCAUGAAGAAUCUCGAAUUUCACUUUGGCUUUUGGUCGACUGUGAACCAAUCAAGACUUAAUUGUUGCGUUGCCUGCCUUUCAGGCGAUCGAGAACCGCGUUAAAUUCAGUAUUGGAUCAUCGUAAUCGUCAGAAAAUAUUUUUUCAACCAACACCUCUGAACUAGCGUUGUAAUAAUGUCGAAGUUUGGCUAUGGCCGAUGUCUGAUGCUUCGCUUUCGUGUCUUUGCUGAAGAUAGAUUCGUUGCCAUACUUKCCCCAGCCUGAAGCUCCGAAAGAUCUCCAAAGAUCACUGUUCCCAUCCACGAAAAAUUUAUCGCGGUUGCUUGACUGAAGUCUUUGCAGUAAUUUUUUGGUGUCUUCCUGGAGACGAUGGAAGUUUCCCACAAAAUUGAUGAAUGGCAUGAACGCCUUGUCAAUUCGUUUUGUUUGUGGUCUCCAGUGCGGGUCGCAGCAACAAGUGUCUUCUAUAAUACGCAAAAAUCCCAAAAAGGAAGAAUUCGCCUCCUCGCCACAGGUAGCGUUCUUCGUGUUGCAGCAGUGUCUUUGGACGUAUUUUCCGUUUUUCCGCGCAGCCUUAUCCAAAAAUGCUGAUAGAGUUCGUUCCUUCGGAUCCCUAACAAAAACUGCGCGAGUCCAUUCAGGGUGUGUUAGGAUCGUCAAGGCAUCAGCAAUACUAUAAUGAUAAAGGUAGGUCAAGCCGUUCUUCUUUGGGUUGUGGGGUAGAUGUGCGCUGUCAGUCAUCCAGUCCUCUGCACCCAUCAUCCGUCGAAACAACUGUUUGAAGACAGUACAUGCGACCUAUAUUCGAUUUGC